GGGGACACUGGUCCUGAUGCUGGUUGCCAUGGCAGCGGUCAGUUGUAAGAGCGUGACCGAGGAGCGGAAGGUCGUUAUUGUCGGUGCGGGCAUCGCGGGCAUCGCCGCCGCCAAAACCCUACAAGAGAACGGGGUGGAGGAUUUCGUCAUCCUGGAGGGGUCCGACAGAAUCGGGGGCAGAAUGAGACAGGGGGAAAUCGGCGGUGUAAAAGUUGAAAUAGGGGCCAACUGGGUGCAAGGUCUCGGCAGCAACCCGAUCUGGGACCUGGCAAAAAGAUACAACAUAUCGGGAAAGAUAUCUGACUACGAUGACGUCGUCGUUCGAAACAAAACCGGAAGUGACGUCACCGCCGAGGCGGAAGAAGUGUGGGAGAGGUUUGGAACAGCACAAGAGUACCUGGAGACUUGGAGGAAAAACAUUCGUGAUGACAAGCUGCCAGACGUGUCGAUCCGAGUCGCCCUGAAGCUGGGAGGAUGGAAGGUGAAAACCCCGCUGGAGAAGGUCAUAGAAUAUUUUGAUUAUGAUUUUGAAUACGCAGAUCCGCCGGAAGUGACGUCAGUAAACAACACAGGUUGGAAUAGUAAGGACUUCACAGAAGAAGAAUACUUCGUCACUGACCAGCGGGGGUUUCGACAUAUUGUGGAGAGGCUGUCGGAGUUUUUGUCCCCAAACGACAGCCGCCUGCAGUUAAACAAAGUUGUGCAGACGGUGAGCUGGACGGACGCAGGCGUGACUCUCACGGCGGCAGACGGCUCCACGUACCGGGGAGAGUACGGGCUGAUGACGGUCAGCGUCGGCGUGCUGGAGAACGAAGUCAUCGACUUCACACCUGAUCUUCCACCAUGGAAGGUUGAGGAGAUCUACCAGUUCAGGAUGGGGCAGUACUGCAAGAUUUUCCUCAAAUUUCCCCGCAAGUUUUGGGACGACAAUGAAUACAUCCUGUAUGCCGGGUCUCUCUGGCCCCAGUAUGCCAUGUGGCAAAACCUGGAGGCAGAAGGGUUUUUCCCAAACGGCACCAACAUUUUGCUGGUUACCGCUGCGGCGUCUGAAGUACAGCGGGUCGAGCUUCAGUCUGACGAGACGACCAAACAGGAGGUGAUGGCGGUCCUCAGGAACAUGUACGGCAACAACAUCCCCGAGCCGGAGAGCAUCUUAGUACCCAGAUGGCUGACUAACCCGCUGUUCUUCGGUGCGUACUCCAACUGGCCUGUCCACGUGUCUGCGCGGGACUUUGAGAAGCUGGCUGCGCCGGUGGGACGUCUGUACUUCGGAGGGGAGGCAACACAUCCGCGGUACAACGGCUACGUGCAGGGAGGGUACCUGUCCGGAAUUGACCAGGCCAAUGCCAUCCUCAAAUGCAUGCAGCAGGGGGUCUGUAAGUCUUACCAGCCUGACGUGAGUUCAGGAGCGGUAGUCACUCCAAUCUCUGUCGCCCUGCUCCUCCCUAUCAUGACAGCCAUGUUUCUGCUACAUGGUUAAGGUCUCAUUCUAUGUAUUACUCCGAUUGGGUAAAAUAGCACCGACUCAAGAAGUAAACGGCGUAUGAACGUGUGUAUAUAUUUCCUUUUUAGUCAGCUCAACGGACCUAAAACGUCAAAGUAGUGAAAUCUUAUUUGUAAGUUAGCAAGUCACUAUAAUUAUAUAGCGGUAGAUGUGCGUGUGCACUACGUGUAAUGACAAUGCGGUUUGUUAAAGCUGCAUUAUGUAACAUUACGACGAUACAAAAAGUAAUUUUUCUGGUCAUUUCUUUACAAAGUAAGGUGAAUCAACCCUAUUCCAGUGCAAUUAAGUGUCUUUUAGGAAGAGCAGGUACCAAAAUAUGACGUCUUACGAGUGUGUUAAAAACACAGCUGUCGGCCAUGUUUGUUUACAUCCU